UUAAAAAACCAUUGAAUGAAUUGCAAGAGAUGCUCAGUCAAAUCCCUGAAAUGGAGUGUCACAUUGAUUUGGCUCAGGAGAUGUUUGGAUCUCAAAUAUAUACGCAAGGCACCAUUUGUAUGGAGUAUAAGCAGACCCAAGAGCAGGACAGGAAGACACAGAGGUUUAUUUUCCUAUGCACAAAAGACAUAGGAGUAACUGAGUAUGGUUCCACAGGAAAAGACAAAUCAGGUGACAACAAGAACAAAAGACGGAAGAAGAAGGCUACUUCAACUGAAGACCGGGGCCUUAACCAGGAGAGGAAAACUGCUUUUCAGAGGAAGCCACCACACAAGUCUAAAACAAAAGUAAAGGAAUUUCAGUUCCGCCUUCCUAAAAUAAUGAUGUCUAAUGUGCGUUCUCUUCCAAACAAAAUAGAGGAGCUCCAAGAAAUGACGGAAGAUGUGGAAAACUUUAAUUCCGAUCUGAUAUUCUUCACAGAGACAUGGUUGAAUAGGAACUCACCCAGCAUUAGCUUGGAUGGAUAUACGUCUUACCGGGUUGAUCGUGAUGCACGGAUUACUCAGAAAAGUAGAGGAGGGGGAUUGAUGAUGCUUGUGAAUGAGGCCUGGGCGACUGAUGUGAAGGUGGAAAACAUCAUGAUUACUCGAGAUUAUGAGUUAAUGGUUGUGUCCAUUAUACCACGUGACCACCCUGAGGGUGCUCCACCACUUACCUUCAUCCAUGUGUAUAUCCCUCCAGGACCUAAUAUUACUCAAGGUGCCAUUGACAUCGCUGGUUUUUACUAUGAUGCUCUGGAGCAGUAUCCUGAUAGUCCUGUUUUCCUGUUGGGUGAUUUCAACCAUUGUGACAUCACUCAUCUCUUGGACCUGGAGCAAUAUGUCACAUGCCCAACCAGAUACGGUAACACCCUGGAUCAGUGCUAUGGGAAUGUGCGAGGGGCUUAUAGAUCUGAAUGCAGACCUCCGCUUGGCCGGUCAGACCACAAUGUCAUUCAUUUGAUUCCUAAAAAAAAGUCGGAUGAAAGUGACCCCUCCAAAGAUGAGAAGUGUAAACAUGAGAAUACCAAACCCAGAAAGCAAUGAGAGGCAGCGCAAUAGUUGUAGUUCUCUGUUGUUUUCGUGUAGCACCAUGGUCCUGAAAGAACAUUGUUUCGUUUCACUGUAUGCUGUGCUAGUAUAUGAUAGCUUGUUUUGUCCUACAGAUGUAGGUGGCAUCUAACUAUUUUCAAUUAACUUAUUGAGUAUAAAAAGUCAUUGAGAAAGAAGAAGACAGGAUUAUAGUGGGAACUGGUCUGAAUACAGGCACAACAAUGAGGAACAACAUGAGGGAAAAAAAUCUCCUUUGAAUGAAGAAAACUGUUGCCUGAUAUGCUUAAAGGUCCCCUUAAGUGCUUUGAAACACAAAGCAUUAUUCUGUGUGGUGACGUAAUUUCAACUGAAACAGGAAGACAGGGCGGGACAUAUCGAGCAGCCCCGCCCCCUUUUUAAAAUAGCCAAUAGCGUUUUGUUCAUAUCUGCUCGGGCCAGAGCCAUUGCGCUCGGUAAAGCCGCAUUUGACUUGAAAAAUGACAUGCGACUUAAAAAGAAGAAAUGCUACCACCUUGCUGGUCUACAAUUUUAAUCAAACAAAUUACUUUGCUACUAAUAGUAAUACUGCUAAAAGAUAUUCGAUCACCAUUAUCACCAAAAAUCACCUGUAAAUGUGUUGAUUGCAUUGAAAGGACCAGGACUCAGUAAAU